AUGUUUGACGAAGAAUUCGAAGACACCUUCCGUAUCACGCGGGAGGUGCUCGACCUCAUCGCGGAAAAGAUGGCGCACCCCAUGUCCCGCUUCGUCGAGUUCAACCAAGUCCCCUUAUCACUCUGUUGCCUAAUCCCCAUUAAGUAUUUUGCCAGUAGAAUGACGUAUCACGACAUGAGUUUCAUGUUCGGCUUGCCCAAGGGUCUCAUCCAUCGCAUUGUGGACUGCUUUUUGGUCUGGUUCCCCCGCAAAUUCAAGCGCGACUGGGUUCAGUUUCCUGCUGAAGAGGUGCGUGAGGAGAUGGCGCUGGACUUUCGCGCCGUCAAAGUUGUGCCCAACGUCAUCGGAGCGAUCGACGGCACACACAUCGAGAUACGAGGCCUGGAUGCUCACCGCAGCGACUACUACAAUCGCAAAUCUGUCUACAAUGUUCAGCUACAGGUUACAUGUGACUCUAAAGGCAUCAUUUGGGACUACACGGUGGGCAAUCCCGUGUCCAUGCAUGAUCAAGGAGUUUUCUCUACCUCUGAGUUGCAUGGCAGGCUAGAGUGUGGGGAAAUCGCCCCCUAUCAGCUGGUUGGGGACGCGGCAUACCCACCGAAGUCAUACAUGCUAACCCCCCUCCAUGCUCCCCGCCGCCGCCUCAUGAAGAAGUGGGAGAACACGUUCAACUACGUCCAGUCGGCGACGCGGAUGGUGGUGGAGCGCACGAUCAGUGCACUUAAAGGUCGAUGGAGGCUCUUCUCCCGCAGGCACGAGAGCAAGCUCUAG